AUGGGUGACAGCGCGUCCGAACUAUCCUCUCAGAGAAAGUGUCUUGGAGUCGACUGUGAUAAUGAAGCGGAAGCCUUGCAAUGUCCGACCUGCUUGAAAUUGGGCAUGAAAGAUAGCUACUUCUGCUCCCAAGAUUGCUUCAAGAAGAACUGGGCCCAACACAAGACCGUCCACAAAACAGCCCAAGGUAAGACACAGAAUGGUAUUCUCCGCAAAAUCAUCCCUCCGAAAGUUGUCUCUGAACCCGACCCAGUUACCGGACUUUAUAAUCCAUUCCCAACCUACUCAUUUACCGGGUCGGUGCGACCGGUCUAUCCACUAUCUCCGAUGCGCACCCUUCCCAAGUCGAUCAGACGCCCUGACUGGUCUGAGACCGGCAUUCCGAAGGGGGAGCGGCGCUUGCACCGAUCGAAGAUUGAAAUUUUAGACGCGAAGGGGCAGGAGGCCAUGCGCAAGGUGUGUCGCCUAGCCCGGGAGGUACUGGAUAUCACCGCAGCAGCAAUCCGGCCGGGCCUUACCACGGAUUACCUGGACGAGGUCUGUCAUAAGGCUUGCGUGGAACGAAAUGCCUAUCCCUCGCCCUUGAACUAUAACCAUUUCCCUAAAUCGUUGUGUACGUCUCCGAACGAGGUGGUUUGUCACGGUAUUCCGGAUCAGCGGAUCCUUCUCGACGGCGAUAUCCUGAACCUUGACAUCUCAUUGUAUCACGGGGGCUAUCACGCGGAUGUGAACGAAACCUAUUACGUAGGAGAUCGAGCCAAGGCCGACCCUGACUCGGUCCGGGUGGUGGAAACAACUCGAGAGUGCUUAGAUAAGGCAAUCGAGCUCGUAAAGCCCGGAACUCUCUUCCGAGACUUUGGCAAGGUUAUUGAGAAGCACGCCAAGUCCCGGAACUGUAGCAUUCACACAACCUGGGGUGGCCAUGGUAUCAACACUGAAUUCCACCCCCCGCCGUGGAUCCCUCAUUAUGCAAACAGCAAGGUGCCCGGAGUGUGCAAACCCGGCAUGGCUUUCACCAUCGAGCCCAUUCUGACGCUGGGGAAACCUCGAGAAAUCUAUUGGCCAGAUGACUGGACGAACGUGACGGUGGAUGGCAAACGGACGGCUCAAUUUGAACACACCUUGCUGGUCACCGAAACCGGGGUCGAGGUGUUGACUGCGAGACUGGAAGAUUCUCCAGGAGGCCCGAUUCCUAUACCUACGCCUAAUAAUGGUAGUAUUGCGUAG